CAAAUUAUAAAAAUUCAUUUUUAUAUGUAUUAACUCUUUUCAAUUUUAUAAUCAAAUUCCCCUUGUCCAUCACCACCUACUCAUUAUUGAUCUUGGUAGACUCUCUAUAUGGUGGGUAUGGAGUGGAAGAAGUAAACAAAAUGGCAGCAGGAAAUGGGGGUCAGAUAUGGAAAGCCCAUGGUGCCAUGGCUUUGGUACAGCUUGCUUACGGUGGAUACCAUGUGAUUACUAAAGUAGCUCUCAAUGUGGGCAUGAAUGAAAUUGUCUUCUGUUUGUAUAGAGAUCUUCUUGCUAUAUCGAUUCUUGCCCCAGUUGCUUAUUUCAGUGAAAAGAGGUCGAGGCUUCCAUUGAAUAAGCGGCUAUUACUUUCAUUCUUCAUUCUAGGAUUGACUGGUAUUUUCGGUUGCCAACUGUUGUUCCUUAUUGGUCUUGGUUACACAAAUCCAGCUUAUGCUGCUGCUUUGCAACCUGCAAUACCAGUCUUUACGUUCAUACUUGCUGUACUCAUGGGUACAGAAACAGCUAAGCUUCUUACCGUGGAAGGUCAGUCAAAGGUUGGAGGUACCAUUGUUUGUGUUUCUGGGGCAAUUUUAAUGGCUGUGUUCCGUGGUCCAGUGGUGUUUGGAGACGGCACAUUAGACUUCACAGCACAAAUUGAGAUAAGUACUAAGGUUCAACCAGAGCCUGCUGGAUGGCAAUUGUCUAGUUUUCUGGAGUUGGGAUUUGAUAAUUGGCACCUCGGCGUCUUAUGCUUAACAGGCAACUGUAUGUGCAUGGCUGCAUACUUAGCUCUUCAGGCUCCACUUUUGGAAAAUUACCCAGCAAACUUAUCAUUGACUGCAUAUUCAUACCUUUUUGGCGUUCUAUUAAUGAUAGGGACGUCAUUCUUUGUGACCAAUGGAUCAACAGACUGGUAUUUGACGCAAUCUGAACUUGUCGCUGUGUGCUAUGCUGGAAUUGUUGCAUCCGCCCUGAACUAUGGACUUAUGACAUGGUCCAAUAAGGUUCUUGGCCCUGCUUUAGUUGCUUUAUACAAUCCGCUCCAACCUGCUGCAUCAACAAUUUUGUCUAGUGUUUUUCUUGGGAGCCCUAUUUAUCUGGGAAGCGUUUUAGGAGGACUUCUCAUUAUAGCUGGGCUUUAUUUAGUAACUUGGGCAUCUUACAGAGAGAAGCAGGCAGCCACGGGAACUAUUUCUCAUGAUCCUCGGAUAACAGACCCCCUAAUCCCAUAUGAGAUAGGACACAUUUCCUCUAUUCCUUCUUCCUCAAUGCCAAAAAUCAGUGAUUAGAUAUUGCUACAUCCAUCUUUACAUAUUCUUUUCCUUAAUCUCCUCAUAAUGAUAUAUAGUGCAUUUCACUGCUAAGAAUAAUGACACUUACCAAAAAAGAAUAAUGACACUAUGUAUUGCAGAUUUAUCAAGUUCUUUUUCUUACUAUGUAUUGCAGAUUUAUCAAGUUCUUUUUCUUAAA